UAAAAAUCUGGGAUGCAAAGACUGGCGACCUGCUCACAACGAUCGAACACGAUCGUUGGAUUAGGAGCUUAGCCUGGAAUGGAAAGGAAUUUAUUUUGCGGUUCAGAUGGCCCAAUUAGGAUAUUCGACACUGCCACUUGGCAGCAGAUCGCCACUUUGGAGGGUCACCGAAACUGGGUCAACACCAUCACCUUGUCUCAGAACGGCUGGCACCUCCUUGCAAGUGCAUCAAAUGGUGAAACGGCGCGUCUGUGGAGUCUCGACACAAACCUCCAAGUUGGUCCUCCACUCCAGCACAAAGAGAGAGUGCAAUACGCAGCCCUUUCUGCUGAUGGAAAAGUGCUAGUCACUGGGGGUGACAAAGAUGUGUACGCAUGGGACAUUCACGCCAUUCUCAAAAAAGCUGGUCUUGGAAAACUUCUCCUCCAUCGAACACCGCCAAGGUUCUUUGGUGACAUGCAGGGCGACAUUCAUCCCUGCACGUCGCCCGGUGUCGAUCACCCUUCCUCCAAUCGCGUUCUCGCAGCUUCUAUAGGGAGUCUGCGCGCGCUCUUUGCUCGCAUUCCGUCACUCUUCCGUCGCCCUCACUCCCAUACUGGCAAUGCAACCGAACUCCAACAAACACAAAGGCAAGGGAUCUUCUCUCGUCACGGUUCCCGUACCGUCGACGUUGCUGCAGUACAGGACAGAAAGGUUGUCUUUCAUCUACAUGUUUCUGUUCACUGUGCUCAGUGAUGCCUCUGUAGUCCUUGUUUGUCGCUCCCCGGCCAAAACGAGAGCAGCAGCAGAACAGCCAAUCGCAUGGCCAGGGGUCGUCAUCGCAAUCUCAGCCUGCCACUACUUCGACGUCCACAACACAACUUGCCCCAAAUACAAAUAGUGGGCACUCAGGCUAACAGACCGGGUGUACCAAGCCGUACGGUCACGACUCCUCACAUUGUUGGCUCGUCUUGUGCUUUUGAUUUGUUGCGCACCUCUCCCAAACACCGA